AUGAACAAAAACACAGCGAUUUUGGUUUCACGCCCUCAGAGCCGCCCCUCCUGCGCUCACUCGACCCCGGUCCUGCACCCUGAGGCCCCCUCAGCGACACCUCAGGGACCCCGCGGGACUGCGGCCGCCGCCGUCCAUAACGCCCGGCGGGGUGCGCGGCCCAAGUUGGCGGCCGGAGGGGAGGAGCGGGCUGCGAGGGCGCCGCUGCCACCGGGAGCUCCCGGCCCGUUGCCGCUGUCGCAGCGCGCAGUCCCCGGCCUGCCGGAGGACGAGGAGCCGCCGGCGGCCCCCGCGGCCGGACGCUGCCUCAGCGGGGCCGGGCCGCCCCCCCCAGGCUGUGUCCGCCGCCUGACGGGCGGGGCGGUGGCGGAGCGGCUCCGCCUCCGCUCCCUGCCAGGGAGGCUGAGGCACCGGCCGCCGCUGCCCGGCCUCGGCGCCGCAGCCGCCCCGGGGGCAGCGAGGCGCCGGGAGGAUGCGAGUGUGCGCCGCGGCCGGCGGCGAGGAGAGGGCUCGGGCGGCCGGCGGCGUUGGGAGCUCCCGGCUCAGCCGCCGCCCCCCCGCCCCAAAAGAAGUGCAGUAGUUUGUGAAACGCAAGAUGGCGGCGCGGCCGUGAGCGGAGGCGGCCGGCGGGCAGGCGGGCGGAGGGGGCGAGGCGCAGCGGCGCCGGCAGGUAGGGGCUCGCGGCGGCCGUGGCCUCCGGCGCGGGCGGGCGGGGGGCUCCAGGCGCCGGGCACAGAGCGCGGCCCCCGCGGGGAGGCGUGUCCCUACCCGCCCCGCUGCGCCCCGGGGGCCGCUGCUCUCCCGGCGGGGGCCGGGGCAGCGCCUCCGCCUCCCCGGGGCAAGGGCGGCUCCCGGCCGGUGGGGGCGGGCGCCCUGCUGCCGCCCGCGGGGUGUGCGCGCUGGGCCGGCCGCGCCCCGCCCGCCUGCCUCGCUCCCUCCCUUGCUCGCUAUUGUCUGGCGGUGGCGGCGGGCGAGGGGCCAGCGCUGUCCCCGCGGCCGGGGAGGCAUCGCCUGCCGGGGCCGGCGGGCUCCGGGCGGGCUGGGGCAGGCGGCGCCGGGGGGGGAGAGCCAGGGCGUAACUUGGGAGCGGGCUGCUGCUGGCCCCCGGCCCGCGGGGGGUUGAUCCCGUUCGGGUCUGUGCUUCCCUCCUCCGCUCUGCGCCAGCCGCGGAGCCGGAGCCUGUGCGUGGCUUUGCUCGCCACGGGGCGGACGGAGGAAGAGUGCUCCGAGUCGUCGCUCGGGGAGGAAGGUGAAGAAGUUCCGUCCCGGAGCGGCUGCAGGAGCUGGAGCUCCCGGCCGGGGUCACGGGCUGCGCGCACCCGCGCUGGAGCUCGGGCUGACGGACGGACGGACGGACUGACGGCCCCGCAGGCUGACGGCAGCGGGCGAGCCAUGAAGUUGUGGCUCCCGAGUUGUGUCGCAUCCCGUGGCGUUGCAGAGCGGGGCCGAGCGUGGAGCAGCGGCACGGUGUCUGUGCAGGCAAAGUUGGGGAAGACGUCUGGUCUACUCUGGCGGGGGUGUCUGUGUCCUGGGGCGCGUUCUGAUGCUCGGCUCUCCCCUAGAUCAGCAUGUGCAGCACUGGAGAUCAACACCGGCUUUAGUAAACCAUGUAAUGGAGGCGGUUCUGGAUCUCUGAAGGGGCUCAGAGGAUCUGCAGUAGGGAGCGUUGUCUGGUAG